AUGGUUGGCGGCUGGCGAGUGGCAGGGGUGGGCCGGCUUCGGACAGGAGGGAACGGACCAGCCAAAGGAGUGGCAGUGGGCCUAGACCCAGGAGAGCGACGGGGUGUCGGGCGAGAAGGGCCAGCGACAGCAGGAGAUGGGGGACGAGUGAGACGUUCGAUAUCCUCAUCGGCCGGCAGGGGUCGGGAUGAGCCGACUGUCGGAGGAGAAGGACGAGAAGAGGCUGAGUUCGCCGAAGGAACGGGAGAAGGAAAGCCGUCAUCGUUGGCGGUGGGAAGGCGGCGCCGCAUGGAGGGAGACGGGGUGGCCGGAGUGGACUGA